AUGUUGUCAUUGUAUGAAGCGGGACCAUCUACUACCGAACCAUCUCAGCAAGUCAAGCCUAUUGCGAUCGCGAUGUGGGAUUUUGAUCAUUGUGAUCCCCGAAAGUGCACGGGGAAGAAGUUGUCCCGUCUUGGUAUGAUAACUGAACUGAGGGUUGGUCAACGUUUUCGGGGUAUCGUUUUGAGCCCCGAAGGUACCACACCAGUGUCCCCCAUUGACCGCGAACUGAUUGACCAAUCUGGUAUUGCUGUGGUCGAAUGCUCAUGGGCUCGACUAUCCGAAAUCCCGUUCAACAAAAUUCGAUCAACUGGUGAUCGGACUUUACCCUACCUUAUCGCAGCGAAUCCAAUCAACUACGGUAAACCCUUCAAGCUGACAUGUGUAGAAGCUAUUGCUGGGAGUCUUGCAAUUGUUGGGUUUCAAGCUGAGGGGGAGAGACUAUUGGCCAAGUUCGGUUGGGGCGAUGGAUUUUGGGCUUUGAACAAAGGUUUAAUCGCAAAGUAUCGCGACUGUAAAGAUGGCGUUGAAGUAAAAUCGGCACAGGAAGACAUCUUGAAACAAAUUGAGACAGAGUCCAUAGAAAGACGUACGUUCGCUCCAUAUGGAGCGUCACAAGCUAUCUUGACCUGA